AUGACUGAGGCAUUACGUAAACCAGACGCCCUGCGUCGAAACCUCCUCAUGCUGAGGUGCGUAGGUCUUUGGCCAGAAGGAAAAAAGUACUUCACGAAUACUAAUUACACGUAUUACUCCAUUUGGAUGGUGAUUUUUUUCCUCAUCUUAGACUACUUGGCGGUGUCUUCCACGAUGUUCUAUUGCUAUGGGGACUGGGAGAUGUUGUCGAACAGAGUGAGCUACUUCGCGCAGAGGUCGAUCACUUUGGUACAGGUGAUCUUCUUCCUGCGAAAACUGGUCGUCACCAAGACCAUAAUGGAGCAACUGGACCAAGACAUCAUCCAGCCAAAAACCUUCGCCGAAUGCGAGAUAGUCAGGAGAUCGUUGACGAGUUAUUUCUUCAUCACCACCUCCUACUUUUUAUUCUGUUCGAUCACCUGCGUCAUUUACCUAUUGCUUCCCUUUCUGAUGGGCGAGAGGAGGUAUCCUUUCGAAGUUUGGUAUCCUCUACAGGAUCUGGCCUCCCCUUUGUACGAAAUCGUCUAUGUCCAUCAAUGCGUGGCCGUGUGGCUCAACCAUCUGAUCCACACUGGCGUCGAUAUGUUGUGCGCUGGUUUGAUGGCCACCAUCGGCAGUCAGUGUGACUUGUUGAGAGCGAGACUGGUGAAUUUUCAACCUAGAGAGACUAAAUUUGGUCGAUAUGAUUUGUAUUUCAGGGAUAUCUUUGCUCAUCAUCGUGAAAUUCUGCUUUUGUCGAAAAGAGUAAAUGUGCUCUUUUCCCAUUUGGUGUUUGGUGAAAUCUCCUUGGUCAUAAUCCUCUUAUGUACUGCUCUUUUUCGGUUGUCAGCUGUGGUUGAUAAAGCGCCGUUUGAGUUCUUAUUGCUCGGUGCAUUUGCUUUCGCAAUGACUUUGCAGUUGUUCCUCUAUUGUUGGUUCGGAUCCGAGGUAUUUAGUAAGAUUAUGAAGUCCUCUUGGUCAUUCUACGUACUCCUUCAACAAAUGAAUGCGAAUGAAGCAAAUUCCCCAUGA